UUUCUACCUCCAUAAACAAAGCCUCAAAAAACACAAAUCAGAAAAAAUUUUGUUGUCCGAAAUUUUUUUGUCCGAGACAGACGUAGAGGGAGGGGGAGAGAGAGAGAGAGAGAGGAGGGGAGUGGUCAUAAUGGGGAAUUCAUUUGGGUGCUCAGCUUCAGGGGAGAGGUUAGUUUCAGCAGCAAGAGAUGGAGAUUUGGUGGAAGCCAGGAUGUUAUUGGAUUGUAAUCCGUGUCUAGCUAAAUAUUCAACUUUUGGUGGCCUUAAUUCUCCUCUCCAUUUUGCUGCUGCUAAAGGCCACAAUGAGAUUGUGGGGUUGUUGUUAGAGAAUGGAGCUGAUGUGAAUUCGAGGAAUUACUGUGGCCAGACGGCAUUGAUGCAAGCUUGUAGAUAUGGACACUGGGAAGUUGUGCAGACACUUUUAUUGUUUAGGUGCAAUGUUACGAGGGCAGAUUAUCUUAAUGGAAGGACUGCUCUACACUUUGCAGCUGUAAAUGGGCAUGCAAGAUGUAUAAGAUUAGUUGUAGCAGAUUUUGUUCCUAGCGCCCCUUUUGAAGCUAUGCAUGCUUGUAUAGAAGGUGAUACUGGGGAUGGUUCUAGUGAGAAGAACAGAUUUGACCAGAGUGCGCUGUCCAGGUUUGUAAAUAAGGCGGCUGAUGGUGGUAUCACUGCACUUCACAUGGUUGCAUUGAAUGGGCAUUUUGAUUGUGUACAGCUUCUACUUGAUAUUCAUGCAAAUGUAUCAUCAGAGACAUUUCAUUAUGGGACAACGAUGGAUUUGAUAGGGGCUGGAAGCACCCCCUUGCAUUAUGCUGCCUGUGGGGGCAAUUUAAAAUGCUGUCAGAUCCUUCUUGCAAGAGGUGCCAGUCGGACGACAUUAAAUUGCAACGGGUGGCUGCCUGUUGAUGUUGCUAGGAUGUGGGGGCGUCAUUGGCUUGAACCAUUGUUGGCACCAAAUUCUGAAUCUACAAUACCUAGAUUUCCUCACUCUAAUUACUUAGCCUUGCCUCUUUUGAGUGUACUUAACAUAGCAAGAGAGAGUGGGCUGCAAUGCUUGACAAGGCCCUCUGAUGACCCUGAUAUUUGCGCUGUUUGCCUGGAGGGGGCAUGCAAUGUGGCCGCGGAAGGGUGCAGGCAUGAGCUUUGUGUAAGAUGCGCACUCUACCUGUGCUCAACAAGCAAUAUCUCAUCCGAAAUGGUAGGCCCUACUGGCUCCAUCCCAUGUCCUCUUUGCAGGCAUGGCAUUGUCUCUUUUGAUAGACUUCCUGGUUCCUCAGCAAAGGAAAUGAAGCUUCCUCUGUCUCUUGGCCUCUGUGCUCCAUGCAUGCUUCAUCCUCGUGACAUGGAUGGGAAAUCGCUAGCAUGUUUACCAGAGGUCCGAAAGAAUCGAGUGGCUUCAGUUUCUUCUGAUUUUCUCUGCCCAGUCACUUGCAGCCCAUUUCCUUCUGUUGCCAUCCCUUUAUGUACCUGCAAUGAUGAACCAUGCCCAUCUCUUGAAACCCAAGAGGCUGAAUCACAAGAUGAAUCCUCUCAUCGUUCGCAAACAUCUGUAGAGCAGGUUAAAGUGGAAGGACCAAGGCUUGAGAAAACAAGCUGUUCGAGUAUGUUUUGGGGGAGAAGGAGCUGCAGCAGAGAGCAUCAGUGCACUUCAGAAAUAAAUGCAUGACUUGUUUUGCUGGAUGAAUGGUCUAGAUUGAAUGUUUUGCUCACACCAGUGUGUGUGCAAGGUUGUGAUAUUUCGUCAUACCAACACUGAAUUUUCAAAAUCCAUGUUUGCUUCCAGUUUUUCUCGGCUGGCUACAUGAACAAGGCAUUUGACUCUGCCCUUUAGAUGUUUUUUUAAAAUAUUUGGUGAGGGUUGUAAAAAUUGCAUGGGGGGUUUACAGAUCGAUUGUAAUUGAAUGUCAUCAAAGAAGACUUCUUGUCCCUUGUUCUUCC